AGUAUCCUGCUUCUCCUUUGCUGCAGUCAGAUGGAACAGUAGGGAAAUAAGUGGCUUAAUACUAUUGGGCAGAGUUAUAACUUUCAUCACCUUUGCAUAUUGAACCAGCCAAUGAACAGGGUGAUUAAAUAUACCAUCCUGUGUAUAUUAACUCCAAAGUUCACAGUGACUAACACAAAGCAUUGUGAGAGUUACACUGAGCCUUGUGCAAACCACCCCUGGAUACUGCAUUUCCCAGGUGACAAAUGGAAAGUGAAGCAUGAUAAACAGUUAAGACUACUCAUCUUGCCUGAACUUGGACCCAAGCUUCAUUUUGACCAGUGGGCCACAAACAGAUCUUCACUGCUGGAUAUAACAUGGCUACUGAUCUAUUGCCAUUCAGCUACAAAAGAAAACUCAGAACUCUGAAUUCCUGCUCUGAAUCCCCCUAAGGAGCAUGCUGUGGGCUGAGGCAACUCUAGGAUGAUGAGGACCCAGAAUCGCAAAGUACAGCUUUUGCUGAUCAACUCCUUAACUUUUGGCUUGGAGGUCUGUCUUGCUGCAGGUGUCACAUAUGUGCCACCCCUCUUGUUGGAAAUAGGAGUGGAAGAGAAGUUUAUGACAAUGGUUCUGGGAAUUGGGCCAGUUCUGGGUCUGGUGUUUGUACCACUACUUGGUUCUGCCAGUGACCAUUGGCAUAGUAGCUACGGUCGACGAAGGCCUUUCAUCUGGGUGCUCUGUCUAGGGGUUUUCCUGAGCCUUCUCAUCAUUCCACAUGCUCACCGUCUGGCCAGACUUGUUGCCUUGGAUGCCCGUGCACUGGAGCUGGCUUUCCUUAUCCUGGGGGUUGGCCUCCUUGACUUCUGUGGCCAGGUCUGCUUUACUCCCUUGGAAGCUCUUCUGUCUGACUUGUUCCAAGAACCUGACAGCUGCCGACAGGCCUUCUCUGUUUACUCUUUCAUGGUUAGCCUGGGAGGCUGUGUUGGAUACUUGCUCCCAGCUAUUGAUUGGGACAGUAGCUUCCUUGCUCCUUAUUUAGGGGGUCAGGAGGAAUGCCUCUUCAGCCUCCUCACCAUCAUCUUCCUUGGCUGUGUCGUAGCAACUAUCUUUGUGACAGAGGAGGUGUCAGCUCAAGUAGAGUUCAGCUCAGGCCCUACAGGAAAGUCUUCUUCCAAGUCCCCAUCAUUUGCCUGCUGUUCUUUCUGGCUUCCAAAUAACUUUUUGAGGACCAGGCAUCUGGUUCAGGCCUUUAGGAAUCUUUGUGCCUUGAUCCCACGCCUACAUGGAGUGUGCUGUCGUAUUCCCAAGGUAAUCCGAAAACUUUUUGUGGCGGAAUUCUGCAGCUGGAUGGCCCUCAUGACAUUCAUGUUGUUCUACACAGACUUUGUUGGGGAAGGAUUAUAUCAAGGCAUUCCCAGGGCUGAACCUGGGACGGAGGCCAGGAGAAACUAUGAUGAAGGAAUUCGGAUGGGUAGCCUGGGCCUCUUUCUCCAGUGUAUCAUCUCUCUUUUCUUCUCUACAAUCAUGGAUCGGAUAGUGAAACACUUUGGGACACGAAUGGUCUACUUAGCCAGCGUGGCUUUAUUUCCAUUGACAGCCUUCAUCAUGUGCUUCUCUCAAAGUGUGGUCAUUGUCACUAUUUCUGCUGCCUUGACUGGCUUCCCUUUCUCAGUGCUUCAGAUCCUUCCAUACACACUUGCCUCACUUUAUCAUCAUGAAAAACAGAUAUAUUUGCCUAAGUACAAACGUAAAGAGAAUGCAGCUCAAUCAGAAAAGAAGCUGAGUUUCCUCAAAACCCACAUUUCUACUGAGAAACUGACCUACCAGAAUGGACAUGGUGGUAGCCUGUACUCUCCCCCUGUUGCUGGCUCUUCUCUCUGUGUCAGCUCACCCUGUGAGGUCUCGCUCAUAAUGAUGGUGGGAGAUUCAGAUACUGCAGCUGCAAGCCGAGGCAUCUGCUCAGACCUGGCCAUCUUGGACAGUGCUUUUCUUCUUUCCCAGGUUAUCCCAUCCCUUCUUAUGGGUUCACUGGUUCAGUUCACACAGUCAGUCACCACUUAUAUGGCGUCUGCUACUGGCUUUGGGUUGGUAGCCAUUUACUUUGCAACCAAAGUUAUUUUUGACAAAAGUGAUAUGGCCAAGUAUUCACUGUAGAAGGAGAAAAAAUAGAGGGAAAAAUUAAUGUGUAUUAAAGACAUAAUAGAGAAGAGUCAGGAGUGCAAAUUUAGCCCCUUUCUACGUCUCUGGUUGUUUAAUGAGAUGUACAAAAUAUUUGAC